CUUCAGGCUGCAGCUCAGGAACCACUUCCUCUUUCUUCACUCUGAAGCCAGGAGCCGGCCUGCUGACCCCCGGGCCGGCUGAGCCCCUGGGAAAGAGGAGCAGAUUCUUGAUGCUUUAGCCGACCUGUGACCCCAGGUUGGGGUGACUGAGUGUGCUGGCUGGAGGCCUCUCUCCCUGCCUCAGGAGACCCUGGAGGCCUGCAGGAUGGAGGCGGCGAGUAAGGAGAAGCUGACCUCUGUGUCCAAUCUGGUGACUGCAUUUGAGAACAGCAGGAUGCCAGGAGCAGCGCCCAGAGCCCACGCGCUGGAGGCCAAGCAUCACCACCCUGGGGGCGGGCCUCCCCCACCCGCCGGGCUAUUGGAGAAGCCCAGCACGGAGGAGGCCCUGGGGCCUGGGCCCAGGACAGUCAGCAGGAGGUACCUGAGCUCCCUGAAGGACAAGCUUUCCAGUGGGACCUGGAGGAAAUCUUGCCAGCCCAGGACCUGCCCCGGGCCAGGGACACAGGAGCCUGAGGAGAAAAGGAUCGUCCAGGAGCUGCUGGAGACGGAGCAGGCCUAUGUGGCGCGACUCCACCUGCUGGACCAGGUCUUCUUCCAGGAGCUGCUGGAGGAGGCCCGCAGCAGCAAGGCCUUCCCCGAGGACGUGGUCAGGCUCAUCUUCUCCAACAUCUCGUCCAUCUACCAGUUCCACGCACAGUUCUUCCUCCCAGAGCUGCAGCGGCGGCUGGAUGACUGGACAGCCACCCCCCGUAUUGGUGACGUGAUCCAGAAACUGGCCCCCUUCCUGAAGAUGUACAGUGAGUAUGUCAAGAACUUCGAGCGAGCCGCUGAGCUGCUGGCCACCUGGACUGACAAGUCUCCUCCCUUCCAAGAGGUUCUCACUCGAAUUCAGAGCAGCAAGGCCUCGGGAAGCCUGACCCUGCAGCACCACAUGCUGGAACCUGUGCAGAGAAUCCCACGCUAUGAGCUGCUGCUCAAGGAAUACGUCCAGAAGCUGCCAGAAGAGUCCCCAGACCGGGCUGAUGCCCAGAAAGCCCUUGACAUGAUCUUCUCGGCCGCGCAGCACUCCAACGCAGCCAUCACAGAGAUGGAGCGGCUGCAGGACCUGUGGGACGUGUACCAGCGACUAGGCCUCGAAGACGACAUAGUGGACCCCUCCAACACCCUGCUCCGCGAGGGUCCCGUGCUCAAGAUCUCCUUCCGCCGCAGAGACCCCAUGGAGCGAUACCUUUUCUUGUUCAACAACAUGCUGCUCUACUGCGUGCCCAGGGUCAUCCAGGUGGGCGCCCAGUUCCAGGUGAGGACCCGCAUCGACGUGGCCGGGAUGAAGGUGCGGGAGCUGACUGAUGCGGAGUUCCCACACUCCUUCCUGGUGUCCGGGAAGCAGCGCACCCUGGAGCUGCAAGCCAGGUCCCAGGAGGAAAUGAUUUCCUGGAUGCAGGCCUGCCAAGCAGCCAUUGACCACAUCGAGAAGCGGAAUGAAACCUUCAAGGCUGCGGUCCAGGGCCCUGAGGGAGACGCCCAGGGGCAGGAGCUGCAGUCCGAGGAGCUGGGCCUGCGGGCACCACAGUGGGUCCGGGACAAGAUGGUGACCAUGUGCAUGCGCUGCCAGGAGCCCUUCAACGCCCUGACGCGCCGGCGCCACCACUGCAGGGCCUGCGGCUAUGUGGUGUGUGCCAGGUGCUCCGACUACCGGGCUGAGCUCAAAUAUGAUGACAACAGGCCCAACCGAGUCUGCCUCACCUGCUACACAUUCCUCACCGGAAACGUGCUCCCCGAGGACAAAGAUGACAAGAGGCGGGGCAUCCUGGAGAAGGGGUCCGCGUCGGGGUCUGAGCAGAACCUCAUGUGCAGCUUCCUGCAGCUCCUCGGGGACAAGUGGGGCAAGGGCAGCACCCGGGGCUGGUGUGCGAUCCCCCGGGACGACCCCCUCGUGCUCUAUGUCUACGCUGCUCCUCAGGACAUGCGGGCCCACACCUCCAUCCCCCUGCUGGGCUACCAGGUGACCGACGGACCCCAGGGGGACUCCCGGGUCUUCCAGCUGCAGCAGUCAGGCCAACUCUACACGUUCAAAGCUGAAACCGAGGAGCUGAAGGGCCGCUGGGUGAAAGCCAUGGAGCGGGCCGCCAGUGGCUGGAUCCCCGGGGAAGCCGGUGACGGGGACCUGUCUGACUGAGCGCAGCCGGCUGCUCCCCUCAGAGCCCGGCUCCUGCCACGGGCCGCCCCUGUGGCCUCUGUGACCCGCCACCCAAGCUGAGCUUUACACAGUUGAUUUCUGAUCAUCUGUGCCCAGUGUGUCCGUUGGGAAGGCGGGCGUGGUGGCCAAGCAUGCCAGUUUGCCCAAGGUUGAGGGGAUUCCUAGGACAAGGGACUUUCUGUGGUAAAACCAGGGAAGUCCCAGGUUACCCAGGACUGGUGGUCACCAGUGUGGUUCUCACCCUGGGCUGCACAGCAGUAUCACUGGAGACCUUUAAAAAAAUAUGCCCAUAAAAAUAUAUAAAUAAACUAAAACUACCAGUGCCUGUAGCCACCA